UGGAGUGAGUUACAGUGGAGUGUACCAGUGGCAGUGGAGUGGACGUUUUUUGACAGUAGAAGUCAGAUGUUCAGUGCGAUCUGUCAUUAGUGUCGAGUUCUUGUUGAUUUUAAAUUUAAACUGCUGUUAGUUUUUUCCAGUGCUAAGUUAAUUGAGUGUAACUGUAUUGAGAGUUUACUAAGUGUUGUGUUCAAAUUUGGAAAAAUACUAAAUCAUAUUUAUUUUCUGUUCCUAUUGUCCAAGGACAGUUUACUACUAUUCUUUCUCAGGCUGUGUAGGGCCUAACUAUAUUCAAGUAGGUAUUAACUUACUUAGGAAAUCUUAAUUUCACCGCUAUUAAAUUAAAGUACCCUACUAUAAGCUCUGUGGACUCAGGAUUAUAAGGACAGCACACUGCCUCGGGCAAAGGAAUCUGGCAACAUACUUCAUAAGAAUGUUGCAAGAGUGAGCAAGAAUCCACCCGGAGGGGAGGAAAUGGAGGCAGAGUCCGGUCAAGACUUCCAGGACUACUGGAACGAGAUCCGGAUCAUACAGGAGACCAAGCGGCUGGACGAAUACCUGGAUGAGGAGUACGGAGCGAGGGAUGAUGAGGUGGAAGGCGAGGGGUUGGACGAGACGGAGUGGCUGGUGGCCGCAGGACUGGGCCGUCUGCGUGAGCCGUUCCUGGAGGGCAAGGAGGUGUCGGACACGGAACUAGACAACACUCUGGCGCUGAUGGCCCCUCACCAGGCGCAGGCGGUGCGACGCCGCGUGGACACCCUCAACCACACCAUACGCCAGCGACAGAAACAACACCGGGCUCGGCACAGGCGGCCUGACAUUAGAGACGUGUUUAGGGACUACGAGAACUCAAGUACAGGGUCGAGAUCUCGCAGUGCUACCCCAGACUCUCUGGAUUCUGCACCCCCCAGCCCCCCCUCACCCUGGCCUCCCACUAUAUAUCACGAUCAGGAGGCAGACAAUACGAGUCCGCAAAUAACUCCACCGCAGAGCUUGACACAGAUCUUUGAGGAUCCAACAGCUGUGGCUGUGCGCAGGAAUGAGUCGCGCAGAGAAGUGCGCAGACUGCCCAGUGCGCCUGUACACAGCAAUCUGUUUAGGGCUGCCAACCUACGAUAUGGAGCAGAUAUUGUUGCAAGUGAAACAGCAGAUGGUAUCAAGAUGCUGGGCUACCACAGGCUGGGUUCAGUGAGGUACACUUUCAACGACCGCAGCUGUGCAGCGAGGGACAGACUGCGUAGUGAUAGUGACCCGGCAAAUCUACACAACAGCGGAGAUUCACCUCCUCAUCAGAUGGACAACGUACGCAGCAUGACACGCAGUCAGGACAGUCUGUACAGCGAACCACGCAGAUCCAGUGGCAGUAGUUGUCACAGUAUCCACCAGACUGCGUCGCUUGAACAUCUCGGGUUUGAGGAGACCUGGGCGGGUGACUCAAUCACUUGUUUGCAGAUGGAGGAGAGCGAGGACUUGCAAGGCAGAACGUGGGUGGAGUGGCUCGGGGAGGAAGAUCUAGUCAAGCUGCAGCCUCUGGCCUUCCUGGAGCUGACAGUUAUGUUGGACCAGAGCGGAAUACGCUUCCCGAAGCGGAAACCACACAAGCGGAAACGGAAAGAGGAUGGCCCUGUGAUAUUUGGUGCUUCCUUGGCAUCUUUGUUAGAAAAGGACCAGCAAAUAACAUCUGAACCUCACAACGUACCUCUAGUCUUUCAAAAGGUGCUGGCAGAGUUGGAAAGGAGAGGUCUCCACGAGGAAGGUAUUCUCCGUGUAGCGGCUCACAAACAGAAGGUACAGGCGCUGUGUGAUGUGCUAGAGAAGGACCUGUACACUGCGCCUGAGCGUGUAGACGCGACGUUGCUGCGUGCGCCUGUACACGACCUGGCUACUCUGCUGAAGCGGCUCAUACGAGACUUACCUGAGUCUCUACUUACCAACCAGCUGGUCGACAUCUUCACACAAGCUCACAGUCUAGCUGAGUGCAGUCGUGCGCUCAAUUUGCUGAUUCUGCUGCUGCCGACUCCCAACAGAGCCACUCUACAGUGUCUGCUCAAGUUUCUCAACCGUGUCAUCAGCAACGAGCCUCACAACAAGAUGUCUGCUCACAACGUGGCUAUGAUCAUUGCUCCCUCUCUCUUCCCUCCCAGGUUCGUGACUGCAGACAAGGGCCAGCUGAAGACACAAAUAAACUACGCAGCCGUUUGCUGCAGACUGACAGAGACGAUGUUGCAAAUGGCCGACUCUCUGUUUCUAGUGCCUCCGCAGCUACUGACUCAACUACGCAGACUGAACGAACAACAGCGUUACAAGCACAAGGAGAAUAAGCCGAUGAAGAGGCUGCUGGGUCGCAGGACAGGUCGGGAUCCGAUCACUCGCAAGAUAGACAACGAGGUAGACUUCCAGGAGGGAGUGGUGAGAGUGAGUGCUCCGUCAUUCCUCAUGUCUGACGUGCCUGUGGUGCUCACUCCUACUACCACGGCUGGCGAGGUGGUGCUCAGGCUGAUAGAACAGUCAAGCAAGAUGGAGGUGCAGGUACCACACGGGGGCGGUGCAGUCAAGCUGGGGCGGAAGGACAAGUCAAGAGCGUUGUCCGAGCUUGCGCCCAACGGCAACCUCAGCUGUCUACUGGCUACAGCUGACACGGACAUGGCUCUGCAGACUCACUUCCUACACGAGAUGGGAGGCAACAUCGGCCAACGAAGAAUAGACCCUAAUGCACUUCUGCUACCAAUUUAUCAGGAGAAUCCAAACGCUCAGUGGCUUAUAUGCUGCGACCACAAAAAUGGGAGCAGUCUUCUAUUCAAGAAGUGACCUUCGUUAUACUAAUAAUAUAGUAGUAUAUGAUAGUUAUAGUAAUAAAAAGAUGUGAUUUGUAUUUUGUUUCAAAACAAAUCUACUGUUUAGAAAUUACGAAGAGAAAUUACAACCUGAUAUAGUUGCUCCAAAGUCCUGGAUUCCUGGAUUGAUGUAUAUUUUAUACAAGGUUUGUGAUGAGCCAGGCAAUAUGUUACCACUUACAACGCUACAGUGUAGAUCAUCUUAAUAUUAGUUGUAAAUUACUUUAGUUUUAAAUUAAUUAUCUCAGUUUGAAGUAUAUUGUACCGUAAGCAUUUAUACACCAAGGUGCAUUAAGUAUACAUUAUUUGAUAGUUAUCUUUACAGUUACAAUUAAUUAUUGAGCUGGUUCUGUAGAUUUUUUUUAAAUUUAUUGUUGAUGAGUUUUCUCUUUCUUUUCAUUAAGUUAUGACCUUUCUUUAAGGUCAUAUAUGAAGGUAGUAAAUUUUGAAGCAUAAAAUAAAAAGCUUAUAAUGUGUUCAAAACUAUCUGUAACUUACUCAAAAACUAUCUGCCUUCAAAACGUACCAGUUAAACAUAGUCAUAAAGCUCCACACUCCACAGUAUUUACUGAGUGAGUGAAGGAAACUUUUUCUAGAAUCAUUCAGACAAUUUCGUACUAUGAAUCAUUUUCAGUCACUUUUUGCACCCAAAACGUUUAUUUGGCAAAUCAGUCAAGUCAACUGUUUUGCUACAAGUAUUUGGUUUAUUUAUCAAUAUUAUUUUGUACUUUUAAUUUUACCGAGAAGUUAACAGAUAAUUAUUUGUUUUUUCCUAUAAUCAGUUUUUUUUCACUUGGUGCGUAGACAUGUUUUGGUAUCCAAACAGGUGUCUAAUUCCAGAUUCACAAUAUUAUUGUAUGUAAUUCCAUAUCCACAAUAAUUUGUACUGCAUGUUAAUAAAGAGAAUUAGUGUAGUUUUACUUUCUUACGUAAUUUUUGAUUAUGUCUCUAGGAGCGAGUAGAAAUAAUUUUAAGUUUAAUUAUCUUGAAGAAGCAUUAGUAUUGUGAUUUAAUUUAUUUUACAAAUCUUAAUGAUACUGUAUAAUGUACAUAAUAAUGAUUUGUUGUACAGUGGUUGUAAAUAUUUAACUAGCAAUAAAUCAGAAAAAGUGAUAUUUGAAAUGUAGAAAUCUUAUCAAAUGAGUGGUAAUUUGGUUAAGAGUUACAAUUUUCAAUAUCAUGAAUUGUAUUACACUUAGAUUACUAUUUUACUACAGCCUAACUCAGAUAUGUUAGGUUUUAUAACUGAGUCAUGCAUUUCCAUACAGUUAAAGUUACUGAUACUAAUAACAAUUAUUUUGCAUGAGAAAGAAUCGGUGGCUAUUUGUUUGACGUUUCAGAUGAUUAUAAUCUAUUACAAAAUAAUACAACUUUUAAAAUUUGUAUAGAUAAUAGAUUGAUUAGGAAAUAUUUUUUUAUUCUUUUUACUAUCACUUUACACUUUUAUUAUUGUUUUAAAUUCAAAUAAAUAUAGACUGUAAUAGUUUUAUAAAAAUAAACAUUCCUUCAAAAAGUUUUUAUAAUAUGACUGAAAAAUGUAUUUUGUCAGAAAAUAAUUUAAAUAUGUUU